UUGUGACUUUUGAUAUGGUAAUGUAUCCGAGCCAUUCCUGUGUGACAUUCUAAGUCUCGCAUUAGUCUCGCAUCACACGACCAAAAUGCCUUCGCUUCCGGCCCUUCUUUACCAGCCUUCACCUUCAUAUGAUCACCUCCGCCCCGUCUCUGCGCGUCACACCACAUGGGUCAGAAUCAAACAACCAUCUUCAGACAAGGUCAUGGAGUACGACGUCCAUCAACGUCUAUCAGAUCGCACACUGACUCCGGGACGGUGCGAAUCGUUUCGGUCUCUUCACCAUGGCCCUACCGUGAUGCAUCAGGGCUUCCCUUCUGUCCACUCUGUCUUAGCGGGGCUAAUGCAACAUCAUUUCAUUUCUCUUCGUAUACCACGUCACAGUGCAACGCUUCUUCGUCGAUCAUGAUCGCGAUGCCCAUAUUGACUCGGGCAGCCCAGUAUUCAAGCUCAAG